CGGCGUUGAUCGGAGUCGAUCGACUCUCGUCGUCUGACACCCGACGACCCACGACGACCAUCCGGUGAAGCUUCGGUGGGUACCGAGCAUACCGAGUUGCCUGCCGAGCGAGAAUGUGACGCGAGUAAAGCGGAUUGCGACUACCUCCCGUCUCCGUCUCGUGCUUUGUCUCAUCUCGCACAAUGAAAGUACGCGACGUGGAGUGAGUGGGGAACUCGCGGCGAACGCGCGGCGAGAAAGAAGAAGCGAAAGAAAGGUGGGAGAAAAAUCGUCCGUCGUUUCCACGGGCCGUCAUGGCUGAAUCAUUGUGAAACCGAGACUCUCCUAAGAAACCGAUAACAAAUGACGCUGCGCGAGUGAUUCAUUAGGGGUGGUGAAAAGUCAUCCGCGAGGUGUUCCCAUCUCGGCGCGUCGCGGCGUCGUCCCCGCCGAGACUCCAUUCGAUCCGCGAUCGCUCCGAACACACAGCUCCAUGCCGAAGCUUCACGCCACGACGAGAGGCAGACGUGAUAGUAGUAGAUAGAGAACGGUGUGUGUUCCGUGCGCGGGUGCGUCACCGUGCGCUCCGGUGCUUACACGAUGAACGGGUUAAGCCUGAGUGAACUGUGUUGCCUGUUCUGCUGUCCGCCCUGCCCGUCCAGAAUCGCCGACAAGUUGGCCUUCCUGCCGCCCGAGCCCACGUACACGUUCGUCGAGGACGAGGGCUCCAAGUUCUCCAUCUCCCUGUCGGAGCGCGCCGAGUGGCAGUACACCGAGCGCGAGAAGGAGUCGGUGGAGGGCUUUUACGCGCGGACGUCGCGCGGCAAUCGCAUAGCAUGCCUCUUCGUACGCUGCCUCUUCGUACGCUGCUCGGCGACCGCGCGCUUCACCAUCCUCUUCUCCCACGGCAACGCCGUCGACCUCGGCCAGAUGUCGAGCUUCUACCUCGGCCUGGGCUCCCGCAUCAACUGCAACAUAUUCAGCUACGACUACUCGGGCUACGGGGUCUCGGGCGGCAAACCGUCCGAGAAGAACCUCUACGCGGACAUCGACGCCGCGUGGCACGCGUUGCGUACGCGCUACGGCAUCAGUCCGGAGAACAUAAUACUCUAUGGCCAGAGCAUCGGCACCGUGCCCACGGUCGAUCUCGCAGCGCGGUACGAGGUCGGCGCGGUGGUGCUGCACUCGCCGCUCAUGUCCGGGAUGCGGGUCGCCUUCCCCAAGACGAAAAGAACCUGGUUCUUUGACGCUUUCACCAGCAUAGAUAAAGUGCCGAAGGUAACAUCUCCUGUUCUUGUUAUUCACGGCACUGAAGAUGAAGUUAUAAAUUUUAGCCAUGGUCUGGCGAUUUACGAAAGAUGUCCACGAGCAGUGGAGCCACUAUGGGUUGAGGGUGCCGGGCAUAAUGAUGUAGAGUUAUAUAAUCAAUAUCUCGAACGACUGAAACAAUUUGUAAGCGUGGAAUUGGUAAACUGACGGCGACUCAGCCUCUCCCAGAGUCAGGGAGGACAGGGAGGGGGCCAUAUGCAUGCGAACAGUCAAGGACGUACCGUUUCCAACAACUCUAAUACAGUCAGUCCCAUUGUCAGUUCCAUUUCGACAAGCUCACCAACGGAAAAGCUUGUCUAGCAGUCGCCUCCCACAGGGGAGAAGACACCUGUCCUUCCCUGUGACGAAGAAUCAUCUUUUGCUUCUGUAGAUGAUGUAUUCUUUUGCGAUCAGCAGCAGACUGUAAAUCAAGAAACUCAUUAUUCAGAUUCA